CAGAGGGGAGGUCGCCAGCAGCUGCAGCAGGAGCAAGCGAAGACACAGAGACGAGUCGUCGAGGAAAGCCAAAACAAGAUGGCCAAGAGUAUUCGGUCGAAGGUGAAGAAGAGGAACAGGACGGAGAUGCGCAAGAACGUAGGCGACCCCCACCAGCGGAAGCUGCAGGCACGCUGCACCGCUAAGAUCCAGAAAUCCGUCGCAUUUAGCGCAGGCGAGAGCGUGACGAAGCUCAAGGGCAUGCUGACCGCGGCGCAGGCGGCCAACCCGCCGUCCAAGGAGGUUUCCAAGAGCGGGUUCUCUUUCCGGCACCCUGACGCGCCCCCUCCGUUCGACGACGAUAAAAAUGAAGCGACGGCACCGGCGCCGUCCCCGUCGCGAAACGCCCGCGGCCGUACCCGAGGGCGAGCGAGGAGCCUCUCCGACGCCGAAGCCUCCAUGGUCGACGAGGACACGGCCAUGGGAGAUGCGGGAGAUGGUGGCGAGGAGGAUGCUGGCGGGGGACCCGCGGGCGGCGGGGGGGGGGACGGGGUCAGUGGGGGUGCAAAGGGCGGCGAGGGGGAACGAAACACGGCCUCUGAUGUGGCCGCGAAGCUCAAGAAGAAGCGUCGACAAGCCAAGAGGAGAAAUUACGUCGAGUUCCCCGCACACGAAAAUUGACAAGACAACCACCCUGCAUUCCUGUGUACGUCCGUGGACGAUGCAUGCGCCGCGCUCCUGGGUCAAAAGGACAACGUGGUACAGGCGUUUCCUUGACUGGGCCAAAUUUUGUUUUGAGGCGAGGGGCCGUGUACUCAUAGUCGUGCAUGCCGUAGUCGUUAGACCAUUGACCUCGCAUCGCACCAAUGCCGAAGAUGGAGCGAUUGUCGGGUUCUCGCCGACCUACGCUGCGUUUCACAAGGAUGACCCAGAAGCUGGUCAUGAUCCUUGCGUUUGCUGUGCCAAACCAGAUAUGCCAUGGGUUGAAUGGGCAUCCCGGGUGUAUUACUUGCUUGACGUAACCUGAUCGAGUGUGUAUCGCAGGUGUUGUCUCUUUCUAUUUUAAUGUGGCAACAGUUGUGGUGGACGAUGUGCUACAAUAUCAAAGGCGCCUUUUCUCUUUUUUAUUGCUCCUCGGUCGAUUAGCUGCUGGAUUGUUGUCCUUGACGACAGCGUGUGCCGUACCUAGUUUGCACGUUUACCUGCAAGAAUAAUGGUAAGAACGAGCUGAUUCCGAAGAGGCUGAACGUCGCUAUUUGCAGAGAACAUUACAAGCCGCUAAGAAAACGUACGAAGUGCGUGAUUGAUUCUUAUUGGCCUACUACCGAAGCGCGGCUAAAUUGUGAUUGGCCGAACGGUGCGAAUAUUACGUCGUCUUGAAGCGGCGUGUUCCACGCUGGCCAUCACCCCCCCCUGUUGCUUCGGCCGGUGCGUGGAUGAUUGAUAGUCGUAUGCAGUUACCCGGUGAGAGUGGCUUUACCAUGGUGUUUGGAUAUUCAAACGUUGUUCGUCUUGAAACGAUUCAGCCCUUCGAGUAAACCUUCGCCGUGUUGCCAAGCUUGAGCAGUUUGUCGGCCGGUGGAUGGUGGCUGGGCAACAGGCCAGACGCCGACAUCAUACCGCCACUGCUGUGUCGACGAGCAGCGCAUAUGUAUCUCCUUCGAAAAUGUUUUCCUCCGCAGGUUUCUUG